UGGACUGGACUCGAGAUACGGUGACUGAGGUGACGUUCGCAUUGGCAAAAUAAGCACUGCCUCAGUUGUGAAGAAAUGAAGCUGACAUCAGUAGCCAUGCUGUGUCUGGGCCUGCUUUUGGCUCAGAUCGAUUUCUCCCAGGCCAAGAGGGGUGGAGGCUUUGGGAAACCUAGCUUUGGCCUUGGCUUUGGGAAACCCUCCAACCGUGGUGGCAGCUCCAACCGAGGCAACACCAACACCAACACAGGUCGCAAACCCAGCUGGGACACCAACUCUCAGCCUGGAAACUACCCAAGGCAGCCCCAGAACCCUCAGGGUGGGUACCCCAACCAGGGAGGCUAUCCCAGUUAUGGCGGCUAUCCUCCUCAAGGAGGGUACCCUCAGCAACCUGGCCGAGCUGGCUAUCCCAAUCAGGGCAGUUACCCUAACCAAGGUGCCUACCCCCAGGGUGGCUAUUACCCCCAGGGUGGCUAUUACCCCCAGGGUGGCCAUUACCCCCAGCAGCCAGGAAGAGGAAACUACCCUAACCAAUACCCAGCUGGUGGCUACCCUGCUGGAAGGUAUCCAGCUGGGGGACAUGUAGCACAAGGCUGCACGUAUGGAGGCAAUGGCGGUUAUGGAAAUUGUGGAGGUUACUCAGGGGGAUUCUUUAACCCCAAUCCAAAUAACAAAGUCCUGAGUCCUCACUAUGGAGGAAGCUAUGGAUAUGGGGGGUAUGGACAUGCAGGUGGCUCUCCAUUUGCCCGUUCAGUUCAGGGAAUGGGUUUAGGUCCAUCUGUUAAAUCCAAAGGAUUUGGGAGUAGUGCUUUAAUGGCAGCAGGAGCAGGGGCUGUGGCAGGGAUGGCUAUUGGCUAUGGACUUGGAAGAUUCCCCCGUCCUCCCUUCCAAUUCCACAGCCCCCAGGAGGAGUACUACUAUAACCACUACAUGUAUAAGAGAUAUGGCACCAGGUCCACUGAUGAGAAUGACUACAGCAGAGACUACAAGUUCAGUCAACCUUCUAUAACCUAUGACAACUACAUGGAUGCUUGCGUGAAGAGAAAAGAUCUGCUGCCUGAAGAGCAUACACAAAGAAAUAAACCGGCUGUUGUUACCACCACCGUGUCUACUACCACAACUGCGGUCACCUUGGCCUCAAAUGAUGGCAACAACACAAUGGAGAGUAACAGCACUACAGAAGAGAAAUCCUUGACCCCUUCACCUCUGACUCCCAGCCCCACAAGCCAGUCUAAAGCCAACCCCCUGCCCCCAGUGUUGGACAACGCUGGCGAGGAUGACACAGAUGACGUUACAGUCAGCAUCGUGGAGGUCGGCUACCCAGCCCUGAUUGAGCAACUAAAGGCCAGAAGGUGUGUGGAGCUGUACAUGGUAUACUCAGAGAGAUUUUUAGAGAAGCAGACACAGGAUAAGAGGAAAAUAGAUCUCAGGGGAGGAGCACAGGGACUGGGGAUGGGUUUCCUGGAGCUUUUGACUGUGGUCACCAUCACUGUGUUGAUGCUGCUGAAUAACCACAUGCUACCACUGCACUGAGACAAUUGGCAGAGGCAUCGAUGGAAUGGAUGAAGAUGGAGAAUAAGUGAAAUUGCAUCAUAAACAGAUGGAGAGUUGGGGAACUACUGUGCUCCAGUGAUCAUUCAGAGUGUAAUUUAAGGAACAGAUGGGGUUUGUUUGCACUCUGAGUCAUCAGGAUGCUCCCCAUCAUAUGUGUGGAUUUCUGCUUUUUUUCUAUCUUUUUAAUAUCUUCUUUAUAUUGCAAGCUCAGGCAUGUGCACAAUCCUACAAAGUGGGUCCACAUACUACAUCCCUGGACGUUUAGUUCCAAGUAAGAAAAGGAAUGAUUGGAUCUGAGAACAGCCUGACUACAACCCUUUCAUAGCCCAUUUCCAUUCCCAGGAGAGGAAAAUUCAAUUAAUUGCACAACAAUUUAACUAGAUUUCAAUGGGCUCUGGAAAACUGGGCCAUUAAAGUCCAUUUAGAUUGCGUUCUCUUGACAAGAGUCAAGGGAGUUGACAUGAUCUAUAGUGAAGUCAUCCGACUGGCUCAGUUAAAACUGCAGUGUUUGGCAUGGAAACAUUUAGUAGUCUGAGUGAUACAGUCGUGUGCAAUACAACCACAUAGAAAUUAAGUAGCUCUGUGAUUGGUUAAUACCUCAACAUUUAUGAUAGUAAUCACAGAAAACCUUUUUUUUCAUAAUUAGUUAUUCAUUAGUGUACAGGUUUUGUUUGAAUUAUCUUGUCAUAUAGAAAUGUUUCUUUAAGAAUGUUUUGGUCAUUUAUUUUUUCCGUUGUGCUUACUCAGUUGCGAGGGACUAUGAGGGUAAGCUUGCACCUGUGGGGCCGGCCACGGUGAUGAUAUGAUAAACAAAACUGUUCCAUGACAAUAGAGAUGAAACAUUAGUGUAGUGUGUAACAACACUGGGAUGGGCACUGGUUUUGAUGGUGGAGCAGUCUCCUUCAGACACUAACCAUAGUUGGGAGAUGAUAAAGGAAUGGUGAAUUAGGCUACAUGUUAACAGCUGACAUUGGAACUCAUUUACUACCAGCAAUAACUACAGCCUAAUCUUGCAGUGUAUUAAUAGUCUAACAAGUCAGUUUCACAGCGAAGGAUCAUGCACUGUGAGGGUGAUUCUUCAUUUAAGAAGCAGCACAGGAACACGUUUUUACCAUUGCUUCAAACUGGGGGCUGAAAUGUGUGUCGUCAAGGUUCAAAGGAAUUUCAAAUCAAAGCCUGGCUGAGAUUCGAAAAGCAGUUAAAAGUUACUUUUUAACUGAGGUAACCUGAUGAACUGAUGGCUCUGGAAAAAGAAUCUGCAAACCCCCAAGCUUCAAAACUAUAGUAAUCCCUGCUUCAACACGCCGGCAGAUGUAAUGACCGCAGCACCCCUUGCUCAGUACUUGGGAAAUUAACAUUACUUAUGGUACCUUUUACAUAUGCAAGUAUUUUUGUUGUUGUUGCGUUUGCAGUUUAAUGUAUGUUGAAUGUAUUGAUUUAUCAUCUCCUUUCAUUGCACCUUAUGUUCUAAUGCUUUUGUGGUUAUUGUAAAGGCUUCAUCUCCCGCCCGUCCCCGGUAAGCGUUUUGACCUUAGAUUGUAAUGCAAGUGCUCUUAAGCAAGGCUGUCGAUGUGCCAGUGUUUAAACAUACUUGGAUGCAGGGUAAUCAUCUCCAAACCAGCGUUAUCGAAAUAGCAGUUGGCAGCAUUUGAACUCAAAAUCUGACCACUUUCUUGUGAUUUUUUUUUUUAUUAUUAUUGUCAGCAAUAAUUUUCUCUACAUCAACUAUCGUAUUGUGACGUUACAUCUCUGUCCCUACAUGGUGUCUUGCUGUGAAUGUAGUUGAAAUUCUUACAUAUCUGCUGUAAGGACAUGGAUGCCUUUUUUUGGUACUCCCUCUGAGGUACUCUGCAACUUCUCCACCGUCCAUUUCCCUUUUCAUACUGAACGGUUUCGGAUCCAUAGAAUCGGCUCGGCUUUUCAGUCCACUUCCACAAACAUUUUUUUUAUUCAGACAAGACUGGACAGGUGGCUGUGCUAGGUACCCUGGGUGUGUUCCCAUUUGCUGGACUUUCUACUGAAUACUGUUGUUGACUUGCACUAUUCCCUUGCACUGCUUACGUUGUCUAAUAAACGUAUCAACAUCA